UCGUCCCCAAAAAGCAAGAGGAGGCAUACGAGAGGGUGAAGCGCUUCCGCGAGGAGCUGUCCGAGUUCCGCGCCAAGCUCGACGUCGUCAAGAGAGCCCGCGAAGAGGCGCAGCACCACCACAACCGCUCCGAGCUCCUCGGCCGGAGACCCUACAACGCCACGCCCGAGAACCCCUACGCCAGCGCCGGCGCCAGCGCCGCACCGACGACGACGCACUCGUCGUUCCAGCCCCGGCACACGAGCUCCCACAGCGCCUCCCUGACGACGGGCGCCGGCGACGACCUGCGCGAGGCGCACGCCUUCCGCGAGCAAAACUUCUUCAACAACACCAACCAUGCACUCGACGACUUCAUCGCGCGCGGGCAGGCCGUGCUGGGCGACCUGGGCCAGCAGCGCGAGACGCUCAAGAACACGCAGAAGCGGCUGUACGGCAUCGCAAACACCCUCGGCGUGAGCGGCGACACGAUCCGCAUGGUGGAGCGCCGUGCCCGCGAGGACAAGUGGAUAUUCGUCGCCGGCGUCAUUGUCUUCUUCCUGUUCUGCUGGCUCGUGAUUCACUUCCUACGAUGA